AUGGCUGAAGCCGCGAUGAACUACGAAGACCUCGUCAAGGUCCUUAGGGCCCACGACAUCUCAAUCGACAACGCGUCGCUCAAGGCCGCGUGGGACGAUGAAACCCAGGGGCGCGUGCUCUCAGAAUGGGCAGGCCUUCAUCUGGCUCCGGACACGCUACUAAGCGCAGACGAGCUAAACCUUUACGCUGCGCUUGAGAAAACCGGAAAGGCGGAGAGGCUUGCUGAAACGCAAGCGUACUCAUCCACGCUAUUCUUUAACGAUGAUGAUAUCAAGGCCGCCAUCGAGGAGCUAACUCGGUCGACGGAAGCCAUCUCAAAGCAGACCGAGGCUCUCCGCCAGCAGCAAGACGCGUUGAAGCGCCUCGUGGGAAGCCAUAGCAAGGGCGGCGAGUCCCGCUCAAGCCUCGAGUCCAGGCGGUUGGCAAAGUGGGAGACAGACCGUAAGGCUCUGAGCUCGGCGGUCGAGAACAUGUCUCACGGAUUGGAAUUCCGGAUCUCGGAUAUUGAGCAGCAGACAAAGGGCCUGGGUGCCGGUCUGCGGCAGACCGUGGAUAGCCUCUUUCAAUCAGACGACAAGUUACUCUCCAGUCUUCAGAAAUUAGGCUGGGAGCUUGAGACAGAAGAUCCAGAAGAGCAGGAGAGUAUCCAAAAGCUACGAGACAUCUGCGCCAGAUUGAUCAAGUACACGGUUGAGGCGAUCCGGACAAAGCUGGACCGGGUCUACCUUGAGACUUUGGAAUCAUCAAAGCGCACCGGGGAUCGCCCUCAAGUGUCCAAAGAUGAUUUGGUGCUGUUACAAGAGGAAGUCGAGUCACUCUACUCCGAGAUUCUCCCUGUUGCCCAGAUGUCGGUGGAGCAGCAAUAUCUCGAGCCGGCGCUCAAGUCCCUAGCAGCGAAGAAUGGCGAUAGCCAGUCACGCUCGGCUGCAGCGGUCACAUAUAUUCAUUCCUGCUUCGACUAUCUGCUUGAGCACAUUGAGAUGCUGUCCGCUAGGAUCGAGGCUUUCAAGGGCCACCAGGCUGCAACCAGCACGGUUUUGGCCACAGCGAGAGCCGAAGUGUCGGCGACCAUCCAGUCCCCCUCAAAAAGCCGACGUCGGCCGACAGUCACCGCGUCUCCCACUAGGCGGCGGAAGUCAUCGGGUCACGGGGGUUCACCCGUGAGGAUGCGCACCCUGUCCACAUCACGGAGGCGCUCCUCCGGAGGGUUGGACGAGUCGCCACUCGAGCAGCUCCUGCGCGGACUAGCUCUGAGUCUGCCCCAGACAGAGGAUGGCACAGCAUCCGCGACUCUUGACAAGGAGCAGUUGACGUUCCUCUCGAGGACGCUGGGCGAGCGGUCGGACAAGGCAGCUGACGUCGCGCGCAACGUGCAGGAGGCCUUUGAGAGCGCGGUCACCUCGCAGCUGUCUGACGCACGUCAGGCCCUCCAGGCAGUGCGGGACUCGGUGCUCGCAGAGAGCCCGUUUGGAGAGGUCACACUGGUCGACCCGGAGAUUGACGGUUCCAUUGUAGUCCUCGCACAAGAGGUGCAGCGCGUCCAGAGCGAGCUGCAGGGUGUGGAGAAGGACAUGGUCGCCGUGAAGAAACGAAACGCAAAGAAGGAUGAGCUCAUCAAUCGAUGGGGCCGUUAG